GAUUAGGAUCCAUUUUGAAUUGAGAGUGACGGUAUCAUAGUUUAUUGUAGUGGCCUGCUGACACAAUCCCACAUUUCACAAGCACCGGCACCACAGUAGCCCAAGGACUGAUGAUUCCCAUGCUGGCAUGGGGGAUGAAAAAGUCAACAACCGAAAAGUUUAAGCAUAUGGAUCUUUGAGAUGGAGUACUUGGUCUGCAGUCGCAGUAGCUACACGAACCAGUCAAGCAAACAAAAGAUGGCAGAUGCUGUACGAUGUACCACCAGCUUCUCCGUAUCUAGGCGCCGCUUUGGCAAUCAAUCCAAAACAGCAUCCACCCGCUGCCACCAGACAAAUCCAAGACUAGCUAGUACCCACCUUGUGUCCCCUGCAGGAAAAUACUAACGGAGUAUCUGUGACAGAACGGAGGAGUAUUGUACUCCUUUCACCGGUAUAGGUCAGGCGAAGGAGGACAACACUGUCAUACACACCUGGUAUGGAAGCAAAGGACUCUUUCCUCUGGAUGCAAUUGUGGCUGUUGGGUUCGUCGACAAAGCCUGGAAGCUGCCUAUGAUUUGAUCAUGGCUGAUGAUGACUAGUAAGGUCUAGUUAUGCAUAGCCGGCAAGACAUUCUUACUCGCGCCAUAGCAACUGUGCGGUACCGUUACUGUACCGGUGUGUUGCCGCAAAGAUGAGUAUUCGUAAGAUGUUUAAACGUACACGUUUACCUGAAUGUCUAUUAUUAAAUCCUGUAAACGCGUUUAUCUCCAAGACCUUAAACAUCCGUUGAGGGCAAGACGCGCACCUUCUUGCUUCGAAAUUUGUUUCCAUUCAAAGCGUUUCUGGCCACUUUUUCCGACAAACACUCACUGUUUGGGGUUUACUUGAAUGCUGCCCUCGAAAACUGAAACCGAGCAUAGCCUUGUAUGGUAUCCACACAAGGCAAAACUAUCAUACAGUAUUAUCCGGAUCAGCUCAACAAAUUGCUGUUUACAUCGUAUCUGUGGCUGAAAGGCACAAUACCAACAGCGACCAGUGCGAGUUAGAUUGCACAGUAGUGACGCCUUGUGAGCAUACUAUCCAGUGGUAUCACACCUAUUGAUUGCCAUCUAUCUGAUUUUCUAGCUAGUUCAUUCGAUAUCAACAACGCGCAAGUCCCAAGGGACUUCCAACUGAUUGCCAUCAUGAUCUCUCCAUAUUUUUUAGUAAAAGAAAAGCCCAACAGCAAAGGCAUGAUGAGCGAAUACGACUCUAGCAAGGCCAUGAGCCACGACGACGUGAACGCGCCGGAUCCAACGACCCGUUCUGUGGAGGAAGGAACCGUGGACGGAUACUCCGUUUCUAGCAACGGUAAAGGAGGAGGAGACAGUGGUGGUGUUUCUUCGCUUUGGAAGAGUCUUUCGAUGGGUGGCACUGUCUUUGACGGGUUCUUGCUGGCUGCCUCUCAAGAAGUCGGUCAAUCGAUCCUGACACUUCCCAAUGUCUUUUCCAAAGUGGGUUUUGCAUGGGGUAUCAUUCUGGAGCUUGUCUUUGCUACCAUGGCUCUCUACACCAACUUUUUGCUGGUAUCCAUGCACGCUCAGUAUCGACACAAACUCCAAGUUACCAAUGACAAGAGGCAUCACGACAAACACUACAUUGCCUCGUACCACGAGAUUCUAGAAUCAUUGGUCGGUCCCUGGUUGAAGAAAUUCUCAGUGACUGUGGUCUUCUUUGCCCUGCUGGGACUCUCCACUGUACAGAUUAUUGCCACGGCUUCCAACUUUUACAUUUUGAGCGACGCCGUGUCCAAACGAACCUGGGCUCUCAUUUGGGGAAGUCUCUUUUCCCUCAUUGCAUUUGUUCCGACCUUUCGACACUACCGGAUGCUUUCCGUAUUGGGAAUUCUCACGACAACCUAUGUUGCCAAUUACAUGACAAUCCAAGCGGCCAUGGAAGGACCUAAAGAGGAUGUAGUUUACAAUGCCCCCGAGAGCGUCGAAGGCUUCUUCACUGGCUUUGUGCAGCUUUUGUUCGUCUACGGCGGCCACACAUCCAACAUUGAAGUGGCAGAUGUCAUGGACAGCCCUGGAAACUACGACAAGUCCUACUUUUGGUCCUAUCUCUACGUCUUUUCGUUGACCAUGCCCAACGCCGUAACCGCGUAUCACACAUACGGACAAGAGGCAUCCUACAAUGCCAACUCGUUCAAUCUGUUCCCCCGUUCAUUUGCUCGCGAUUUGGGGAUUGUCAUGAUGUCUCUGCAUCAGGCGGUCGCCUUUGGACUCUUUGCCGGUCCCUUGUUCCACAUGUGGGAAAAGCUCAUUCGCAUCCACGACAAGCCAUUCAAAGUACGUGCACUGGCCCGAUUGCCACUCUGUGCCUUUAUGCUCUUUUUGGCCGUGGCGUUUCCCUUCUUUGGGGCCAUUAAUGCCGUCUUGGGAGCAUUUACGACAUCCUUUGGAACCUACAUUAUUCCCUGCGUGGGUUACAAUCUCGCCUUUUCCUCGGACGAUACCAGCGGUAUGGUCAAGAAACCAUUCCUCUCCAUGCAAUGGAUGCGUCGAAUCAACUGGGUCGUGGCAGGCUUUGUCGUUGCGGGUGGAGUGGGAGCUGGAGGAUACACAAGUAUCAAAAACUUCCUUCGACAGAUUGAAAACUUUGACUAUUUUGCCGAGUGCUACCAAUGCUAACGAGCAAGCAAGAGAUGCAAAAGCAAGCAAUCGCGACCGCUGAUAGAAGCAACUACAGUAACUGAUAGAUAUGCAAGCCGGAAGAACUUAACAAGGCCUGCAGGGUUCGGUUGCUUACCUACUAUAUCAUGCAUAAUCACCAUGUAAACCACAC